AUGCAGAUACUUCACUUUGCUGCUGACUUCCUCUUCAACACAAUGAAGAAGAAACGAGAAUUGCUCAAUAGGUCCUUUCCUCAAAGAACCUUCGUGGUAAAGGUCGAUUCUGAAAGUGUUGGCAGGCUGCCAAAACUGUUCGCAACAGGAUACGUGGACUGCGCGCCUACCCAGUUGGAGAGGGCUACCAAGAGCCUGAAGCACAUCACAGACAAGUACCCUGCAGAGUGGGCCAAACUGAAGGCCAAGUUCGACCCAACGGGCGAGUACACGAAGCAGCACGCUGAGACCUGGAAGCAGCAUGGCGUCAAUAUAUGGUCUGGGUGGAGCACAGCGGUAGCCAAGGCGAGAAACCUGAUCUUCUACUGUUGCCUGGUCGCUGCCGUUGCUGUUUCGGCGCAAGCCCUGCCGCAAGACAAGCUGGACAACUUGGACGUGUACGAGAUCCUCAACAACGACCGCCUCCUGAAAUCCUACACCCAGUGCGUGCUCGAUGCAGACGACGGAAAGUGCACCGCAGAGGGAAAGGAGAUCAAAAGCAGGCUGCCGAAAGUGUUUGCGACGGGAUGCGGGGACUGCACGCCUAGCCACCUGGAGAGGACUGUCAAGGCCCUGAAGCACAUCACAGAGAAGUACCCUGCAGAAUGGGCCAAGCUGAAGGCCAAGUUCGACCCGACGAGCGAGAACACUAAGCAUCACGUUGAGACCUGGAAGCAGCAUGGCGUCAAUAUAUGAGAGCCACGCCAGCCCGAGUCAUGUGACAACUUCAUCCUAUUUGUUCAAUCAACGGAAUUUCUUAGCUCACACCUGUUCACAAUGUUAUUAUAUAUGCGAUAUGAAAUAAACUUUUACGGUUAAA